AUGCCUGCGCCUUUGAAGGACCAAAUCUGGUGGCACGGCGUGAACAUCUCAGAGGUGUACCAUCGGCUCGCAGCUGAUUUCCCUGUGAAGCCUUUGCCAAGGAGGAAGCCGCAGUGGCAGAGCGUUUCUGCUUUCUUCCAGCGCGCUACCGAGGAUGCACUCCAGGAGGUGCCCAAGCGCGUAGAGAAGACAAGGAGCAGCACGCGAGCCUCCAUGAGUCCGACGUUGAUGAAGUCACCCACCUUCACCCGGACGGUCAGCAACGGCAGCUACCGGGCACGACCAGCCUCCGCAGGAGCGCCCAAGCGGGGCUUCAACAGUCAGCGCAAGGAUGCUUCAGCCACGAUGUCUCUGCGGAAAAGGCCGCAAUCUGCACCUGCCCUUCUUCGGAACGAUAUGCAAGGCCUCGUUGCCCGGAAAACGCACGAGGAUCCGCUUCGGCAACGCAUGGAGGACGUGGCAGUCCACAAGCGUAUGGAGUGGCUCAAGCGAGAGGGCCGCUACAAGCGGGAUUUCAUCGAGGGCGUGGAUGUCCUGUCGGACCCCAUCCUCUUCGACUUGAAGGUCAAGCACAACAGCGCCGCGCGGGCCAAGUCGGCGACCCCGAAGACGGGGAGUACCCCGACGGCAAGCACCAGCAGGAGGACUGCCACCCAUCGUGACAAGACCUCGGCAGACAAACUGCGAGGUCUUUGCAGUGCCCUCGCCAAAGACACUCAAAGCCAUUGCGCUCGCAUGCAGAUCCCCCAGAAGCUCGUCGAGGGCCAAACUGCGCGCGAGCUCUUCGAAAAGCUCGAUGCCAUCCUGAAGCAGUAUCCGGCCCGCCGCAGGCCGGAGGAGAAGCCGGACGAGAGUGAGAAGCACGACCUUGGCGCCUCCUUCGCGCAUUCCUUGCAGGGCCUGCUGGGCGUUGGCGCAGUGAGCGCAGGGGAUCUGAGCCAUCCACUCGUGAGGCUCGCUUACUUCCUGGAUGGGGGUAUCCCGGGCCGUCUCCAUCUGCUCCUGGAGGCCUUGGACAGAAAGCGCACUGGGCUGCUCUCGACAGAGGAUUUCUGCCUCGGCAUCGAGCUGAUGGGCUUUGCCGCGCCUGACUACGGCGAGAUUUGGGCGAUGCUGGAUGAAGAGGGCAACGGCGAGCUCCCUCUCGGGAGCGUUGAGGAGCGACUUCUCCUCCUGCUUGCUGAGGAGUAG